AUGGAAAAAUUUAUGUCAGUGACGCCUCGAAAUUGCAGAUCAAAGCCUGUCACAGAACUGAGGUUGGAUAACCAGCUCGAUAAAGGUGUUAUAUCUCAAAUUCCUCGAUACAACACCUUUUUGUCAACAGUUUACUACAACAACAGGUCAAAUUUGUUACAUGCGCACAACAUUGCUCUUAAUCGGGCAUUUUAUUACAGUUUUAUUUACCAAGCAUUAAAUGACACGAAGGACCUCGAUAAACAACCUGGAUUUGAGUACAUCUAUUUUUCACUAGCCGCCGAUGUUAGCGGUGGUGUUGGAAUGAUUAAUGGCAGCGGGAUAUUUUUUGAUAACAACUGCUCCUAUGCUAAUUGGUACACUAUACUUCGUCUUAAUGAGACUUUACCUUUAUUUGCUCCGAAAGCUUGGCGCGCUGACGACUACAACGAGCCAACAAACUGGCUUCGUGAACCUACCAAUAGCACUAUUGACAUUGUUGAUUUGGGAUCCGGACGAGGACGAAAUUACACUCUUCCAACUUAUAAGAACAAUCCUUGGUAUGAUUUAUGGUUACCCGACUUGACGAGUAAGGCAGAUACACUAAGGAAAUAUACCUACAAUGUGCGUAUUCAACAGAAUGAAAAAUAUGAAUACGUCUCUAGUUUCUUUGGUCCGCCUCAACCCGGAAGCCAAGAAAAAGUUUAUCUCCCUGUGCUCUUCACUGAUCCCUAUUUUGAUUGUGGCCGCUCAAACAAAUGGAUUGUCAGUGCCACUGCGCCCGUUGUCGAAUUCAUGCCUCGCUAUUCCAAUUUUACUCAUUUAAGAAGAGCAAGGUAUGUUGCAGCAACUUCUGUUGAUCUGGAAUUUGAGAGGAUUGAUUUCAAUCCAUGUCCAUUAUCAGAAGGAAACCCAUCACCAAACUUUUUUGCUAAUACAGCCAGAUGCAAAAAGACAACUUUGUGUGAACCUUUAAGUGGUUUUGGUUUUCGCCGUGGUGGUUAUCAAUGUGCCUGUCUCCCAGGAUACAGAUAUCCAUGGUGGCAUGAUGGUCCGUUUCUCGGUGUCGAGAUUGAAGCAGCAACAAAAGAAGAAUAUGAAAACAGUUUUGAUUGCUUUCCAACUGAUUGUAAGUUGAAUUUUUUGUCCUACUUUCAAUUAAGUAUAUUCAAUAGUAUCUGCUAA